UCCAAAUCAAUAGACCAACCACACUCUUAGAAGCUGCAUUCUUAGUGCAGGAGUACAGAUCCCCCUCACAAGUCACCUCCUUGUUCCCAGUUCUCAGAUUCCGCCAGACAUUGUUGGAUAUUGUUAUUUCUUGGAUUAGCUUAGUACCCGUGGAAUCUGUAACUAGACAAAGAAGAAGAAAGAUACAGGUCGAGUUGAAGAAGGGUUUUGGAAUUAAUUGGAAAUGUACAGCGGGUCUAGUGACGGCGAGGCAUCGGCACAGAGGAAAAUCCCGUCGGCCUCUUCCAUGCUUUGGGUUCGUAAUCUCCGCCGCUAUAUCGGAUCUGGUGCUGGCCUCGGAUCCGAGGCCCUAAUGGAACUGGAGACCAAAAGAAUUUUGCUCGAUAUUUUUAAGGAGAAGCAACAAAAGAGCGCAGAAGCUGGCACCAUUCCAAGCUUCUACAAGAAGAAACCUGAAGAAGGUUCCAUCAGUCAUAGGGUCCAGAGGCUGGCAAAAUAUCGGUUUCUCAAGAAACAAUCUGAUCUUUUGCUGAAUGCUGAUGACCUUGAUGCUAUGUGGGUUUGCCUGAGGGAAAAUUGUGUUAUCGAUGAUGCGACUGGAGCUGAAAAGAUGAAUUAUGAAGACUUCUGCCACAUUGCAUCCGUAUGUACAGAACAGAUCGGCCUUAAAUGUCGGCGCUUUUUCAGCCCGUCAAAUUUCAUGAAGUUUGAGAAGGAUGAAUCAGGAAGAAUUUCCAUCUUACCUUUCUAUCUCUAUGUGAUGCGUACGGUUUCACUUACUCAAGCCAGAAUCGAUAUGAGUGAGCUUGAUGAGGAUUCUGAUGGCUUCCUCCAACCUCAUGAAAUGGAAUCCUAUAUAAGAGGUCUCAUUCCCAAUUUGGCACAACUAAGAGACAUGCCUGCAGCUUUUGUUCAGAUGUAUUGUCGCAUAGCCGCACACAAAUUCUUUUUCUUUUGUGAUCCACAUAAACGAGGAAAGGCAUGCAUAAAGAAAGUCCUGCUUAGUAAUUGUCUUCAGGAGUUGAUGGAACUACACCAGGAAAGUGAGGAAGAAGCUACAGAUACUGAACAAGCUGAAAACUGGUUUUCGCUGACAUCUGCUCAACGCAUAUGUGAUAUGUUCCUUGCUCUUGAUAAGGAUAUGAAUGGAACUCUGAGCAAACUGGAGCUUCGAGAUUAUGCAGAUGGGACAUUGACAGAUAUUUUUAUUGAAAGAGUGUUUGAUGAGCAUGUCCGACGGGGCAAAAGUGGAGGUGGUAAUGCUCGGGAAAUGGAUUUUGAGAGUUUUCUUGACUUUGUUCUAGCUCUAGAGAACAAAGACACUCCAGAAGGAUUAACAUAUUUGUUUCGUUGUCUUGAUCUUCAUGGAAGGGGGUUCCUCACAACUGCAGAUAUCCAUACAUUGUUCAGGGACGUCCACCAGAAAUGGAUUGAGGGGGGGAACUAUGAGCUGUGUAUUGAGGACGUAAGGGAUGAAAUCUGGGAUAUGGUGAAACCAGCCGACCCGUUGACAAUAACACUGGCUGAUCUGCUUGCAUGCAAACAGGGUGGGACUGUUGCAAGUAUGCUUAUAGAUGUACGGGGUUUCUGGGCACAUGACAACAGAGAAAACCUUCUCCAGGAAGAGGAAGAGCCAGAAGAGGAACAGUAGGUUUAAACUUGUUAGGAACGACAUUUUGUAACUGCACAUAAAUUGGAAACAAACCAUCUUAAUUAGAUCGACUUUUAUCAAAGUGUGUUGUGAUUGUGGAUUUUGUUACUAUCGUAAACAAGUGCGGCAUAAUAUGUAUAGUAUCUGUACCUUAAUACAUGAAGGGCCCGUUUACUUGGGUUUAGUAGCAAUGAUAUCUCACGCUAUCCUUCUUUAA